CUCCGCCUCUCCUCACCCCCCUUUCAACCUCCUCCGUUUCCGCAGCAACCAGUGAUCCGGGUCAACAGCAUCAAUGUAACAGUAUAACUUUAAACCGUCCCCUCGCCCCGACACGGGCGCGAACCAGGGACCCUCUGCACACAUCAACAACGGUCGCCCACGAAGCAUCGUUACCCAUCGCUCCACAAAAGCCGCAGCCCUUGCAGAGCAAGGUGCAACACUACUUCUAGGUUUCAGGUUUGAGUGGCCCAGCCAGAGCCUGGGCUUGAACCCGAUCGAACAUCUCUGGAGAGAGUUGAAAAUAGCUGCGCAGCGAUGCUCCCCAUCCAACCUGACAGAGCUUGAGAGGAUCUGCAGAGAAUAAUUAGAGAAACUCCCCAAAUACAGGUGUGCCAAGCUUGUAGCGUCAUACUCAAGAAGACGCGAAGCUGUAAUCGCUACCAAAGGAGCUUCAACAAAGUACUGAGUAAAGGGUCUGAAUAUUUAUGUAAAUGUGAUACUUCUGGUUUUGCGUUGUCAUUUUGGGUAAUGUGUGUAGAUUGAUGAGGAAAAAAAACAUUUUGUCAAUUUUAGAAUAAGGCUGUAACGUAACAGAAUGUGGAAAAAGUGAAGGCAUCUGAAUACUUUCAGAAUGCACUGUGUGUAAUAAUUUUUUUUCUGUCACUGUGUGACUGUUGUCUUUUUGUUGUCACGGCCUUGUUGUAUAGCAGGAUGCCAUAUAAACGAAUGGGUUGCAGAGCAAACAACACAAUUAUCACAACAGGUUGUAAAAAUGAUUUUUUACUGGCUUGGCUUCCUCAGUGAUUUUACCCACGCACCACUACUGAUCUUGUAGUGACUGGGUGUUUUGAUACACCAUCCAAAGUGUAAUUAAUAACUUGCUCAAAGGGAUAUUCAAUGCCUGCUUUUUUUAUUUUUAACCAUCUACCAAUAUUUACGAGGCAUUGGAAAAACACCCUGGUCUUUGUGGUUGAAUCUGUUUGAAAUUCACUGCUUGACUAAGGGACCUUACAGAUAAUUGUAUGUGUGGUGUACAAAGAUGAGGUAGUCAUGAAAACAUAAUUUAAACACUGUUAUUGCACACUGAGUGAGUCCAUGCAACUUAUUAUGCGACUUGUUAAGCACAUUGUUACUCUUGAACUUAUUUAAGCUUGCAAUGCAAAGGGUUUGAAUACUUAUUGACUCAAGAAAUUUCAGCAUUUCAUUUUUUAUUAAUUUGUAAAAAAUGUCAAAACUUAAUUCUGCUUUGACGUUAUGGGGUAUUGUGUGUAGUAGGCCAGUGACAAUUAUUUUUUUUUUAAUCCAUUUUAAAUUCAAGUUGUGAUACAACAAAAUUUGUAAAAACUCAAGGAGUGUGAAUACUUUCUGAAGGCACUGUAAAUACAGUACAUAUAGCAUUUUCUGAUUUAAAGGCUAAACAGGAUAUCACAGAGAAAUGCCCUCACUAAAACUGUUUUAGUUUUGCAAUAGCUGUUUUGGUCAUAAGGGUCAUUAUUUGCUCUGUUCAGGAUGUUUACACGGUAGAGAUCCUAUUCAAUGACUAAUUCUAUGGUUUACACCAACUCAGGUUCAUAUUUUAACAUAUAUCUUUUUGAUUGGUAUGAACAAAGUAUCAGCUGCAUCAUAGUUUAUUAUUGGGAUUAUUAUGAAUAUUGUGAUUAUUAUCAUUUAAAAUGUCUGUAGAGAGUGAUGUCAUGAAAUCCGAAUCCAAGCCACAAGCUGGUUCCAUGUGCCAUUCCACAGAUACAUAAGCCUACACGUGAUCGAGACACCCCCAAAAUAUAGCAAUAGAAAAUAAUAGCAAUUAUACUUGUUAAAUUCGACAUGAGCAUUGCUCAACAUUACACAACAUUAUCAUGUGUGAGUCUCCUGACAUUAUUCCUGGUAAAACCAAAAUGUUCCCCUCGCCCUUACAUGCAUGCCGUUCCAUUGGCCAUAUCACAGUCUAUUUUAAGGUUUGUGCUCAGCUCAGAGGGCCAGGGCAUUCAGGCAGGCAGCGAGGGAAGGGGAGGGGAGGGUAAACAGUACUGUGUUUCAGAGGGGACAGCUAGGCCGCCUGUCUAUCUCUGACCCUAAUUCCAGAUGCAUUCAGCCACAUUAACAAGAACUCCUGCAGCCUGGCUGGCUGAGGAACAUGACGGUCUACUGGAAUUGGAGGAUUCCCACUGAAUGGUAGGACAGGAUGACAUAGGCUUGGCUACUGUGUGAUCAAAGCUCAAAACAGUAAUGGGGGCGAAAGAGUUUAGUGUCAUAAUGCAUGGUUGGAGAUGAUAUUGAUGACAUAUCCCUGUUUAAAAUGGAUUCCUGGUUUCACUGCGGCAGGCGGGGCAUGGCUAUGCUUUUGUUGCUGUACUGUUAUGUUGUCGUCUAAGUGUCAAUGUGGGUAACGGGAAUUGCAGUAAGAAUGGCUCUUCAUACUUACAGAUUUAUGUUAACAAUGUCAGAACUGCAAAGUUGAAGAUAGUGACUGGCCUUUUAACUCUCCAAUCUUUACAGAAUGACUUAGAUGACAACAAACUCAACUCGGCAUGAGCGUAAAUAUCUACUGGGCUUGAUCAGAUCAACAUUGAACUUGUGUUUCUUUCUUUCUCUCCUUUUCAGAUAAAGAACCUCCUUGUUUACACUGCCACUUAGUGAUAUUUAUUUAUAUUUUAUGUAUUUCUAUUCUACUUUUAUUUUUAUUCAUUUUUUCUGAGUUGUUACUACUCCUGAAUAGACAUUUGAUCCAAAUGGAUCUGAGAGCUAAACACAGUCUGGGUCUUCUGGACCAGCUGAGGAAGAUGAGGGAGACAGAGAAGCUGACAGAUGUGGUGCUAGUGGCUGAGGGCAUCAGCUUCCCCUGCCACCGCGUGGUCCUCUCAGCUUUCAGCCCUUACUUCCGGGUUAUGUUCACCUGCGGCCUGCGGGAGUGUAGUACUAGGGAAGUGUUUUUGCGUGACACCCCAGCCGAUAGCUUGGGUCUAUUGUUAAACUACAUGUAUUGUUCUGAGCUCCCGCUCAACAACGCCAAUGUACAGGGGGUCUCGGUCGCUGCCUUCCUCCUGCAGAUGGACGAGGUGUUCAACCACUGCCAGAGCCACAUGAGGGAGAACAUGGACGCCUCCAACUGCCUCGGGGUGUACUACUUUUCCCGCGACCUGGGAGCUGAGGAGCUGGCCGACCAUGCCCAGAGAUACCUGCGGACGCACUUCGUUCAGGUGUGUAUGAGCGAGGAGAUUCUGGAACUAGAGGCCCACCAACUGGGGGCGCUGCUGAGCUCCGACGACCUUAACGUGUCGCGGGAGGAGACCAUCCUGGACGUGGUGCUGCGCUGGGUCAGGCAGGAUACUCCAGGGGAUGGGGUGGAGGACAGGCGGAGUAGACACCUGGUUGAGCUCCUGAGGAAGGUGCGUCUCGCCUUGGUGGCCCCUGACUACCUAAGGGAGGCUAUGAAGAGGAAUAUGUCUCUGUUGGCGGAUGCAGAGUGUCUGGAGAUGAUGGAGGAGGCACUGGAGGCCACAGGGAUGCAUCCGGCCUCCUCACCCCGUAAACUGAAGCUCCGCUAUGGGAUGGAGACCACGGAUCUGCUGCUCUGCAUCGGCAACGAGGGUGGAGGGAUCCGAUCACGGUAUGGAAAUUAUUCGGAACGCAGCUUCUGCUACGCCCCCUCCACGGGGCGCACCCACUACAUCACAUCCCCACGCUACGGAGACGUUCUGGGAUUCGUGUGUGCAGGGGUCGUCACUGAAGGCAAUGAGAUUGUGGUGGCCGGGGAGGCAGGGGUGAGGAAAAUGGCCAGGCAGACAAACAGGAAUGUGGAGAUAUUCAGGCACAGGGUGGAGGCCCAGGGAACCUGGGAGCACCUGAGCUCAGCAGAGUACCGAGACUCGUAUGCUCUGGGGGCGCUGGGUGAUACUAUUUACCUGCUGGGAGGCCAGAUGAAGCUGAAGAACCAGUACCUCAUCACCAACUCUGUGGAGCGCUGGUCCCUGCAGGGUGGGCCCUGGCAUAGCGCCGCCUCGCUACCCAUACCGCUGGCCUAUCACAGCGUGGUCCGACUGAAGGACCGCCUCUACGUGCUCGGGGGUCGAACUCCACAGUCCUGGCGGAUGGACGACGAGCCAGACCGCUUGAGCAACCGUCUGCUGGAGUACUACCCUAAGACAAACAAGUGGACAGAGCUUGGUCCCAUGAAGUACUCCAAGUACCGCUGUGGUGCUGUGGCACUCAAUGGAGAGAUCUACGUGAUGGGAGGUAUCGGCUGUGAGGGGGUUGAUCAUGGGCAGUCCCGUCGUUGCCUUGAUGCUGUGGAAAUCUACAACCCUGAUGGAAACUUCUGGAGGGAUGGGCCUACUAUGCCCUCUCCACAGCUAUCCCUACGCAGCAAUGCCUCCAACGCCGCGGUGGUGGGGGGCAAGCUUUAUGUCUGUGGAUACUACAAGGGGGCAGAUCGUCAUGAAGACAUAAUCAAGGACAUCCUGGAACUAGACCCGUGGGAGAACCGUUGGACCGUUGUGGCCCACCACGUUCUGAUGCAUGAUGCCUACGACGUCUGCUUGGUGGCAAGCCUCAAUCCACGGGACCUCAUGUCUCCCCCGGCAGACCUAGUAACUCAGUGACAUUCACCUGCCCUAAGGUCUAAUGACCCCUUCUUAGCUAAGAGUACCUUGGGCUAUAAUUAUGUAUUCUGAAAGCUGAUAACAUUGAGCAACAAGACCUUUCUUUCUGCUGCUGUGGGCCAGGAGUCAAAAUGUAGUAAUGCAGUAGUGCUGGCUGAUCCUGGUGGUGCUUGUUGACAGACAUUGCGCAGUUGGUGUUAAAAAGCCCUGACCUGAGUGGGGCACUGCACAAAAUAACACUCUGCCCUUGUCUUGAACUGUAUAUGACCUACCGAGUUGCACAUUUAGAAGUAAACAUUGUAUCUGAAUAUCAUACCUUAGUGGGUUUUGUGACACUGAAAUAUAGCUUGUAAAUAUAAUUAUUUUGCGAUUUUGUUUUGUAUGUUGCUGUAAAGAAAACCAGACAGGUCCUUCACAAUCAAGUUAUUUUAUAGCAAUUGUCCAUUUUGCUCUUUACAUCUUUGUUCAAGAUUAUAUUUUUGUCAUGCAAAUAAGGCUUACAUUAAAUUGAGUCUUUGCUCAGGCGUUAGCAUGUGUUUGUGGAGCUAGUGUACAAGACUAGAAUUGCAAAAAGAGGUGAUGAGAGAGGAUUCUACACGUGGCACUGGUACGUGUUGGCCUAGUUAUGUGUUGCCCUUCUCCUCUAUGCCAACAGAAGAGAUGUCCCUUAAUUAAACGCUAUAAAAACCUCCAAUUAUACCGUCAUGUAGAAAGUUGUAUUGGUAAUAUAGCAGAAAGUGUAUUAAUGCCUGGCACCCUCGUGGUUGACUUUAACACCAUCAGACUUUCACUUAUAAAUCUGGUCU